AUGAAAACUGACGAUUUCAGCAAACACUUACCAGACCUCCUCGAUCACCCGGCCGCCUUGCCAUCCGCCCCAGCCAGUUCGGGGAAGGUCAAAGCCGUCAUGGACUUACUCGACGUAGUCGACAGUGCCGUCGUCCAGUUCAAUGACUCUUCGGGAGGAGAUUCGCCUCUGUCUGUCUGUCACUUUCCCGGAGAAGUACUCUUCACGGGAAUCGAAAUUCUUACAGACCAGUCAGGACAGCAAGAGAAGGAGGGGGGAAGCGACGGACAGAUGUCGCCUUGCUCUUCUGGAGCUCGGAUGGUCGGCCAGCACAAGAAGCAGUGUGAGAAGCCCGUCACAACCGUGGCAACGAAACAGACAAGACUGCUCGCGGGUUCGUCCGCUCUGCCUGUCGAGAAGCCCAGUGCUCCUAUCUUCGGUCGAUCAGCGGCCCCGAAGCCGGUUCACAAGGGCCUUGUAGACCCGUUUCCAAUCCGUGCCCCGCGAACCCCUCUGAUCACGCGAUCGAAUGCGCCGUCUGUGAGCGAUUGCUCAGAGACAGUCAGAUGCCAAUCUCUUACUCACCAGGCCGGUCUCAUCUACCCGGGCAGCUUUUCGCCCGAGAUGGAACAGUCCCGGAGCGCCGACUCGGAUGGCGAAGAUGGCUUGCGCCUUCCCAGACUCCGCGGCCCUUCCUGGUCACCAUUAACAGAACCUCCCACAUCUCCGGUUGAGCCAAUGGACGACAUCAUUGGCGAAGGUGUCGUUCAUCGUCCAUCUCCUUCUUCUGAACCAGUCUCAACAGCCGGACAACAGGAACGUCCCCAGACUCCCCCGCCGAAGAUCACGGGACAGAAAAGAGUCGACAGCCGUUCACUUCGCACUCCCUUACCUCGAAUGUCCAACAAACCUAAUCACCGCACCUCCCCCCAUCGAACCAGAGGGAAAAACGGACGGAUGCACAACCGUCAGGGCCGUCAGCGAACAGCUCCCACUCGCUGGUCGCCAGUCGUGCUGUGGUCUCCCAACCGCAAAGCGUCUUUCCACUACGACGUACAGCAGAGGAUUGCUGCUGCCACCCGGGGAACGCACAUCGACAAUGGGCUUCUUAAGGUCACUGUCGACUAUUUCGAUAUCUAG